GUUUCCGGCCGCAGCCCACGGCUGCCCGUCCGGUCGCCCCUGACCGCCGCCCCUCUCUAGUCUCCAGGCUCCACGGCCGGCUGUCCACUGCUCUGCUCGCCCCCGCCCCUCUCCAGUCUCCAGGCUCCACGGCGCUGCAGCACUGGGCGCCGCUGCGCUCUCCCUCAUCUCUGCUUGUUCCGGCGGCCGUCUUCGAUGGACUCCAGCGACGAGGCUGACCUGGCUGCCUGGAUCGAAGAAGGGAAGGCCACUGAGGCAACAGAAGAAGAAGCACGCAAGAGGGCACGCACAGAGGUUGAAUUUCCCCCAUUUGUCUUGACUUUUGAUACAUAUUUGUCUAGUUUGUUUCCUCAUAGUUUGUUUUAUUUUAAUUGUUGUAGGCAAAUGUUCCGGAAAUCUUUGAUCUAGCAAAUGUGGUUCCCGAUCCCGGAAUUCGGAGACCAAUUGAGUCAUAUGGUACCCCUGAAAUUAGAGAUAAAAUGCGAUGGGCAUAUUUGUCGAGAGGUCGUAAUCGUUUAGUUGGUCAUAGUUAUCCCAAAAAUCCGGAUAAGCGAUCAUUUCUAGAAGCAUGGUAUAGCAAGUAUGAUUGGUUAGACUAUAGUGUGGAGAAGAAUGCUGCAUUUUGUUUUCAUUGUUUUCUUUUCAAAUCUUCAAACAAUGGUAACCACUUUGGAUCGGAUGUUUUCACAAAGUCGGGGUUUACAAAUUGGAAGAAAGCAUCGGAAAAUUUCAGGGGUCAUGUAGGUGGACCAACGAGCUUUCACAACAAUGCAAGAAAUAGUUGUGAAGAUUUCAGAAAUAAAAAGCAAAGUGUUGCAUAUGCUCUUGUUUCUCAUGAAGAAAAAUCGCAUAUUGAAUAUGAGAUUCGUUUGAGGGCUGUUGUGGGUGUUGUCAGAUUUCUACUUGACCAAGGUCUAGCUUUUCGUGGGCAUGACGAGUCUAGCACUUCCUUGAACAAGGGGAAUUUCCGUGAGAUGUUGGAUUGGUAUGGUGCAAGAUGCAAGGAUGUAGCUGAUGUGAUCAAUGAGAAUGCUCCUGGCAAUUGUCAAUUAACAUCUCCUGAUAUCCAAAAAGAUAUAGUGCAAGCAUGUGCAGAAGAGAUUACACAUGUCAUUAUGAGUGAGCUCGGAAAUGCUUGUUUCUCUCUACUUGUUGACGAGUCUCGUGAUGUAUCAGUUAAAGAGCAAAUGGCUGUGAUGGUGAGGUUUGUGAACAAAAAAGGAGAGAUCAUGGAAAGAUUGCUUGGUGUUGAGCAUGUCCUUGAUACUACAUCGGCUUCUUUGAAAAGAUAUCUAGAUGCUAUGUUUGUGAAACAUAAUUUGUCCAUGUCUAGCUUAAGAGGUCAAGGAUAUGAUGGUGCCUCUAAUAUGCGUGGGGAGCUACAUGGUUUAAAAACAUUGUUGGUGGUUGUGGCGGUUGUGAAAGGGGUUCUUCCGGUUGGUCAGUUCUUUGGUUACUUAAACAAGAUUGUCAGUAUGGAAAAAGGAUGCAUUGUUGCAAUUGCAGCAUGA